AUGGCGACCCUCGGCCCAGCAGUCUCCUCCCUGUCCUCCUCCCUAAACCUCCUUUCGUCCAGCAUCAGCAUCCUCGACUCCGGCGUCUCCGACUUCCCGCGCCUAACAAAAGUCCUCUCAACCCAGAAACACUUCGAACUCCUACCCGAACACCAACUACGCGAAGCACAACAAUCACUCGUCGACGAGAUCGCGCCCGCUAUUAGCCAGCUGCUCAACACUGCCGAAAACUAUGUCAACCAGUUAGCGCGGAAGGAGGAGAGCUUGAAGGCAAGAAGUGAGUUGUUGAAAGGAAGGUUGGAGGUCAGUCAGGCGCGGAAGGGAAGUAGUGGUGGGUUGGGCGCGCUUAGAGGCGAUCGCGACGGAGGUGGCGGCAUGUCAUCGGGCAGGGCCAUGGAUCCAGCAAAGGCGCUUGAGGUGAAGCAGCUACAGCAGAAGAAGGAGAGGUUGGUGUAUGCGAUUCAAAGAUUGGAAUUGGAAAGUAAGCAGAAAGAGCGAGAGUUGAGGAAGAGUAUGGCGUUCGUGAGAGAUUGA